CCCCUCCUCGUUGGAACCCUGGCCACUAUUACUUUGGGAUUUUCACGUUUUCUUUCUGCAACUUCCUGUCAGACUUGUGCGUAUGCUGCGAGGACUUUCCAUAAGUUACUUAAAGAAUAUAAGUUCCUAGAAUUUUGCUAACCUAAAGAAUAAACUUAAAGCGAUCGCAAAAAUGUCGAAGAAUUUGGAGCUCCAAGUGCCAAAGCACAUCCGUUCCCAGAAAAAGAAACAACCAACAAACCAUUUGAAAACCCUUGCAAAAAACCUUCCACUGCGACAGCUUAGGGAGAUUCCCAAAAUGGCGCCACAUGCCACACUGCAGAAUGAGACAAUUCUAAAACCGAGUGAGCUUUCGAAGUAUCCGCAGAAUCAGCCGCAUAGCAACAGACUCUACAAGUACAGUGUGACCCGUGGCAGCAGCGCUGAGUUCAAGGAGAACGGCAGCAGCCGUUCCCUGCUGAAACAUCCGUGGAAUCAGUCGCAUAAUGGUGUUCACAAGUCUCAGUGUCCACAGGACGUCCAGGCGCAGAGCCCAAAGAAUUUCACUCAGAGUCAAGAGCCUGAGGCUGCAGGUGCUCCACAUGCCAGGCAGGAACACAACGCAUAUCUUGAGAAGUGGCGUUCCAAUUGGAAUCACACCAUGGGCUACAUCAAGAAGGUUGUGCUCCCGGAAAACCCCAAGGUCAACCCCCAAGGGAAUCUAAAAAAAGAGGUAUCCCAUCCGCUGUCGAUGCCCUCGACUUGUCAGCCGCCGAUGGGUAUUAAAUAUACCCAAGAACAAUCCGUUCCUCUUGAUCUUUCGGGUGAGAAAAGUGGUCCACCCAGUGAUACCAAGUCCAACUCCGACGGGCCCACCAUGGAUGACAAGGAGACAGCCAAACAUGCAAACAAGAGCCACCCGUUGAACUCAGAUCAUCAGUAUGCCAUGGUGAAACAAAGUCCGGAUAGAAACGUUUGGGACAUGGAUAGCUUUAACGAUAUGGUUGCGAGCGAGGUCGAACUGAGGGAGUCUCCUUCGGGCAUAUUCCAUUCUUCGGCCGUGGAAAUCGGUACGAUUUGCAGUCAGCUGACGGGCACCGAUGUGCCGGCUCAUGUGGAAGUCCCGAUAGCAGACGGGUGCUACGUCCUGGGCACUGAGAAUGGGCAGCCGGAAACUCCAGUGCCUUCUUCAGAAUUCACGGAUGGACUGAAAUAUCAGGAACUCAUGUCCCAAGACACGGAUGCGGAAGCCAUCACCUUCGACGAAAAUUCAAACGAGCAGUCAAAAGCUCAGCAGCAGCCUCCAGAGUCCAUGGCCUGGCACAUGGAUGCUAGCAGUGCCGGACAGAGAAAUCAGGAAGAAUUCAAAACCGAAGAACACUUCGACAUUAAUGUGGAGCCGGAACUUCCUGAGCAGAUCAUGUCCUGUGCCAGUACUGCCGGACAGAAUAAUCAGGAGGCAGCGUACUGUGAAAAUACUUCCAAGAAUCCGGAUCCGGAAAUCUCCACCUACGAUGAAAACAUCGACUUACUGGAGCAGCUGCACGCCACUAUUCCGCCUCCGGAAUACAUUGCCAGCCAGCAAGAAGUGGAAGCCAUGCUCUAUGGUGAUAUGGACUCGGAUGAUGAUCCCGAGGCAUAUAGCAGUAUCUUCGACUAUCUGGGACUGGAGACGCAGCAGAUGCCAGAGAAGCAGCCAGGCACGGAUGACUCCCAAUUGCUGACGACCUCGUCAGAGGAUAAGGAAUAUAUUGAUGUGGUAGCCUGUAAUGCGACACAUCCCGUGCUGGACAGCGAGCCGAUGACCGAGGAGGUGAUUGAGGUGAAGCAAGUCGAGGAAGAGGUGGAGCAAGUCGAUGAACAGGUGGAGCAAGUCGAGGAUGAGGUGGAGCAAGUCGAGGAAGAGGUGGAGGAAGUCGAGGAGGAGGAAGUCGAGGAAGAGGUGGAGGAAGUCGAGGAGGAGAUGGAGGAAUUCGAGGAGGAGGUGGAGGAAGUCGAGGAGGAGAUGGAGGAAUUCGAGGAGGAGGUGGAGGAAUUCGAGGAGGAGAUGGAGGAAGACGAGGAGGAGGUGGAGGAAUUCGAGGAGGAGAUGGAGGAAGACGAGGAGGAGGUGGAGGAAAUCGAGGAGGAGGUGGACGAAGUCGAGGAGCUGGACGAGGAAAUGGGCGAGGAAGAGGAAUUCUAUGAUGAUGGUUCCGAUUGGACACAAGAAACGGAGUCCGAGGACGACGAUUCCGACUAAAACGAUCGGCUUUGCGUCGAUUCAAUGCCUUCAGCAUCUAUGACUUUGAGUACAAUAGAAAUGUGAAGCAUUGUUAACAAGUCCCACUUAUCUAAUACUAAUAUGUAUUUUUUUUUUU